UUUUGAAAACCAUAAUAUAUAAAUAAAUAUUAUUUUUAUAACCGAUAAUCAGUAUAUUUACUAACAAAUUAAAUAAGUAACAUAUUAAAUAAAAAGUUAACAAGAUUAAUUUCAAGAUGGAUUUAAAGACAUUUGCUGAUAACGAUUUUGAUCCAAAAAAGUGGAUAAAUAAAGCUUGGAGUACAAGUGGGAACCAGGAAAAGGAGAUAUUUGUAGUAAACACAGUGACGAGAUUGCAGCUAUAUAUGAAACAGUUAAGCAAUUCACUGGACGAGACAACUACACAGAUUGUGACCUCAGUCCCUCGUGUUCUCCAAGAUGCAUCAACAUUGCAACUGGAAGGCGCUCUACUCCAACAGAAACUGGUGACCUUGGAAGAGCAGGUCCAGGGUGUUGAGGAACAAACGGGACACUCGAUCAAGAGCUUGCAAAAGAUUGAUCAGCUAAAAAGUCGGUUGGAGAAUGCAGCUUCAACCCUCCGGGAAGCGGACAAGUGGGUAGCCCUAGCUAAUUCAUUAGAAGACAUCCUAGAAGCGGGUGUGCCAACGCAGAAGGAGAAACUGAUGGAAUUAGCUGAACAAGUGACGGCGAUGACAGCCAGCUUGGAGGCGCUGAGCGACUCCUCUGACUAUGAAAUGAAAAGGAUGCAACUAGAAACGUUAUACAAUAGACUUGAGGCCGCGAUAAGUUCACCCCUCAUUGAUGCUCUGACGCAAAUGGACGCUGAGCGCACGCGUGCGUACGUGUGCGUGUUCCGCGGCAUGUCGCGCGGCGUGGCGGCGCGCGUGUGCUGGCGGCGCGCGGCGGCGGGGCGGCGCGCGGCGGGCUGGGCGCGCGCGACCGAGCACUCACUGCGAGCGCUCACCAGGAUGCUCGCCGAAGAUGCCAGCACGCAGGUGGAUUGGCUCACUUCAGUACUAAAAUCGGAUCAGCCACUCGCUGAACUUGUGCGACUAUACACAGACCUACUUCUGUCGUUGGAUCCGUCGCCCACAAAGAUAGUUACAGCUAAUUUCAAAAUGUGCCAAACGCCCGAGGAAGGGAUAACGCUGUUGAUCGAUCUCAAAACUGAUAUAGACGAAUUUAUCGAUUGCAUUAGAAAUGUCAUCGAGGCGCCGAGACAAAAUAAGGAGGAGGUUCCUCAAUCGUCGCUCCGGGAAUUGGGUCGCGCUCUGUGCGCUCCGCUGCGUGCUCUGCUGCCAAGGUAUACAGAUCUUCAGACAACUAUCUUCUUGGGCUACUUGGAUGAACCGCAGGUGAAACAGGAGGAUCUUCUAGAACAAUCUAGAGCGUUGCUGUCGGUAGCGGAGAGAAGCGAAGCCUGGCUCAGCACCGCGUAUGGAAGGGGAAGGAAGAUCGCUGGAGCAGCUAUAUUUCCAUUUUACGCACAUUCUGUAGAGGCGUUCACGUCCGCGGUCUCAAACCUGAUAUCCGCUCACACGCGUCGCAUCGAGGCGCAGUUCCUGUCGUCGGUGUCGGCGGGCCAGUCGGCCGGCGUGCUCUGCGACACUUUCCCUUCAUCGCUGGUGCUGGAACACGCAGCGGCCCAGCUGUUGGAUGUGCUCGCUGAGAGGCAGCGGAUUGAAGGGGAGGAGGAAGACCCUAAAUCCGAAAACCCCCUACUGGAUUUACCGACUAUGUUACUGGACGCGGAAACAAGACAACAACCCCGGACUCCGCCUCCCAGCGUGUCGGCGCUUCGUCGUGCUCGGGACACGCUCAAGGGUCUCGCUAGGUCGAUACUGCGGAACCCUAUCGAUGUGCAAUUGGAUAAAAUUCCGCAGCUGUUAGUGUGGCACAACAAUGACGCCCUAUCAACUGACCUGCCAGACUUCGCCCUGUCGCCGCAGGAGUACAUCACAGAGAUCGGUCAAUAUCUAAUGACGCUACCGCAACACUUGGAGAUGUACUUGUCGGAAAAACAAGCGCCGUGGCAGUUUCUCACUGAACUUUGCACGCACACGUGCGAGGUUUACGCGGAGAAAAUAUUGGGUAUACAGAACAUGGACGCGCUGGGUACGAAACGCUGUCUCACUGAUAUCGUUUAUUUAUCAAGCGUCGUCGAAGACCUGGGAAGUAGCAUCACGCCAGCGCUGAAGAAUUUGGAGAAAUCACUAAGAGCAGCAACGCCGAGUCAAAACGAAUAAACGAACAAAUUAUGUAAUUUUAAAUAAAACUGUUCAAAAUAU